CCCCGCGCGGCAGCGGCCUGGGCCCAGCGACGGAGCCUGCCCGACGCCCGCCUCGUCGCCCCCCGAGCUCCGCUCCUCCUCCGCUGCCGCCGCCGCCGCCGCCAUGGGGUCCCUGCUCAGCCGCCGCAUCGCCGGCGUGGAGGACAUCGACAUCCAGGCCAACUCGGCCUACCGCUACCCGCCCAAGUCCGGGAACUAUUUUGCCAGCCAUUUUUUCAUGGGAGGAGAGAAGUUUGACACGCCACAUCCGGAGGGGUACCUGUUUGGGGAGAACAUGGACCUCAACUUCCUUGGCAAUCGACCCGUCCAGUUUCCCUAUGUGACCCCAGCGCCUCAUGAACCGGUGAAGACACUGCGGAGCUUGGUGAAUAUUCGCAAAGACUCCGUCCGCCUGGUCAGGUACAAAGAUGACACGGACAGCCCCACCGAGGAGAGCGGGAAGCAGCGGGCCUCCUACAGCCUGGAGUUCACCUUCGAUGCCGACGCCCGGGUGGCCAUCACCAUCUACUGCCAGGCGACGGAGGAGUUUGUGAGCGGCAUGGCGGUCUACAGCACCAAGAACCCCUCCCUGCAGUCCGAGACGGUUCACUACAAGCGCGGGGUCAGCCAGCAGUUCUCGCUGCCAUCCUUCAAGAUCGACUUCUCCGACUGGAAGGAGGACGAGCUGAACUUUGACCUGGAGCGCGGCGUGUUCCCUGUCGUCAUUCAGGCUGUGGUGGACGAAGGCGAUGCGGUGCUGAUCUCUCUCUCUGGUCGCUCCCCCCCCCCGCUCCAGCACGUCGAUGGCAGUUUCUCCGUGAAGCCUUUGAAGCAGAAGCAAAUCGUGGACCGGGUCAGCUACCUGCUGCAGGAGAUCUACGGCAUCGAGAACAAGAAUAAUCAGGAGACGAAGCCCUGCGACGACGAGAACAGUGACAACAGCAACGAGUGCGUGGUGUGCCUCUCCGACCUGCGGGACACCCUCAUCCUCCCCUGCAGGCACCUCUGCCUCUGCAACUCCUGCGCCGACACCCUGCGCUACCAGGCCAACAACUGCCCCAUCUGCCGCCUGCCCUUCCGGGCCCUGUUGCAGAUCCGCGCGGUGAGGAAGAAGCCGGGGGCCCUCUCGCCCAUCUCCUUCAGCCCCGUCUUGGCGCAGACCCUGGACCACGAUGAGCACUCGUGCUCGGACAACAUCCCCCCUGGCUACGAGCCCAUCUCCCUGCUGGAGGCCCUGAACGGCCUGCGCUCCGUCUCACCCUCCCUCCCUUCGGCUCCCCUCUACGACGAGAUCACCUACACCGGGGUGCUGGACGGGCUCCCCCCACCCGGGAGGCCCCUCGUGGGGCUCGACCGGGCCCUGGAGAGCGGCCACCAGAAGAGCAAGCGCAGCAAGUCGCCAGACAGCACUCUCCGGUCGCCCUCUUCGCCCAUCCACGAAGAAGACGAGGAGAAGCUCUCAGAGGACUCGGAGCUGCAGCCGCCGCUCAGUGGGACGGAGCUCAGCCUGUGCGAGAGCAACUCCCCAGAGAGCCUGGCAGUGGAAGAAGCAGAGGCGGCGGCCUCGCCACAGACAGGUAGUCCGCUUCCCUCCGGCGAGGACAUCCUCCAAGAGAGCCCGGGGACCUGCGAGACCAGCCCCCUCCCGAAACUGGAGAGCGAGUCGCCAGCCGACGUGUACCUGCCAGGAUCUUCCGACUUUGCCGGCAUCCUCCAGAGCCGUGGGACCAGCGACGCCGGGCUGCCCGCCCACUUCAGCCACCCUCUUCUCUGCGUGGAAGGCAGGCAGAACCCGGCCUGAGUUGGACUGCCCACGCCCCCCGGGCCUCCUCCUCCUCCACCACCCAGGACGCUCUGAGCGCUCUCUGUUCUGUUCUCUCGUGCUGCUGGCUGGGCAGUGUUUCCCCCGUGGUUGGACUCGGCCACCCCCCCCCCGAAGGACUUGUGUCUUUGUACAGAUGUGCAUGGUUCCGCCCCCCGGCCCCUUCAGGCCCCGUCCCUUCCCCGGCAGCCUCCCCCGUUCCCGUUGCCUCUCGGGCGAUUCAGACCGAAGGAUCUCACUGCCACUCUGCGGGCACUGCCUUCGCCUUGUAAAUAGCCGGCAGGGCUGUGGCCCUUUUAAAUUCUCCGCCGUUGGUGGGCCAGGUAGCUCCCGGUUGGUGCCCGCCUUCCUUCUUUGGCCUGCCCGGGGGGCUCCCUCCUCCUCCUCCUUUCCUGUGCUUUCCCACCAGCGCUCCAUGUGCCCGGAGGGGCAUCCCUGUGGAAUCGGGGGGUCCAAGCACUGUUCCCUGGGGUGAGCAGGAGGCCCGGCUGCCAGGGGAGAGGGAGGCUGCCCCUGCUCCUGUGUGUCCGCUGCUGGGGGUGGGGGAGGACACACC